AUGGCUGUUACAAGUGAGAGAUCACUGUCUGAAGGGAAGGUUUGGAGUCUCUGCAGAAUGCCAUUUUGGCACUCCAGCAAUGCUGAUGGUUCUUCUUCAUCUUCUUCUUCGCUGAGUGUUCACCACCAAAACCAGCUUGUCGAUCAACCUGAUGUCCAUUCUCUGACUUUGGUCUCGUCCGUGGCAAAGUCUUUUCUUCCAACUCGGCGCCGACUCAGUCUUGAUCCCCCCAACAAACUCUACUUUCCCUAUGAGCCUGGUAAACAAGUCAAGAGUGCAAUCAGGAUCAAAAACAUCAGCAAGUCUCAUGUAGCUUUCAAGUUUCAAACAACUGCACCGAAGAGUUGUUACAUGCGCCCUCCUGGUGAAAUACUUGCUCCUGGUGAAAGUCUAAUUGCAACUGUAUUCAAGUUUGUGGAGCAUCCAGAGAACGAUGAGAAAAUACAAGGUCUGAAGACUAGGGUCAAGUUCAAGAUCAUGAGCUUGAGAGUGAAAGGAGAAAUGGAUUAUGUACCAGAGCUGUUUGAUGAGCAAAGAGAUCAAGUAACAGAGGAGCAGAUUUUGCGAGUUGUUUUCCUUGACACAGAACGUCCUUGUCCUGCACUGGAGAAACUUAAUCGUCAAUUGGCCGAGGCUGAGGCUGAGCUUGAGGCAUGCAAAAAGCCCCCAGAAGACACAGGUCCACGAAUUGUUGGAGAAGGACUUAUUAUAGAUGAAUGGAAAGAAAGGAGGGAAAGGUACCUUGCUCGCCAGCAGGUUGAAGGGGUCGAUUCAGUCUGAAUUCAGGCUGUUUCCUCUUGAUUGUAGCAGAAACUGGAGGAGAUUUUGUAAUGUCCUAGUAAAUUCUUAUUCCUGGCUUCUCAGGGGUUGGAUUACACUGCCGUCGAGGGGGUCCAGAAAAAGGUAAAUUAGAAGCCUGGUUGUAGUCUUGAGACAUGAAUAUUUACAUGUUAUCCAUGUCUUAUGCAUAUCCAACACAACCCAAUACUUUCCUGCACAUUUGGAACCUUGCUAUUGGAUGGUGAUAGCAGGUCUCACUGUUGACUUGGUAUCACAGUUGUACUGAAUUUUUAUAGUCGAUUAUGGGCUCAUGGCUCCUUAUUUAUAGAUAGCGAG